AUGGAAUUUACCAUGGCUUUACCUCCCUCUGGAGAUCCAGGUUGGACCUAUGUGGGGUCAAAACAGCAGUUAGGUCUGAAAAAAUCAUCCUUUUGGAGGGCAAAGCCAAGUGAAGCUCGAUGUACAAAUGAAGUGCGUUGGAAGCUGGAUGCUAAUCUUAAAGAGGCCAUGUCUGACUCUUCGAUACAAAGUAGCGAGACCGCCUCUGUCCUGCCUGAGGACCUGGUCGUCACCACUUUAGGGCCAAAGUUAAGUGAGUCACGUCAAGGUAGAAUAGGAAGUGGCAAAUCGCAGGCAGAAACAGCUCUAGCUACAUUAACAACUAGUGGAACUGGGGCACUUGAUGGGGCCCGAAAUGUCGGUCGGGACGACGGGACGCAAGAUUCACAGUUCCCUACAACAAAGGCAGAUGAAGAAGCGUCUAUUUCGUCAUUUGAAGGGCGGGACGAGCAAGAAAAUGCUAUUUGCUCUCACUAUUGA